UUUCAUACUACUAGUCGCUUUCCUGCAUUAUGUCUGAAAACCAAUCCUCACAAUCAGCUGACAACGACGAUAUAUACAUUAAAGGUAAAAAAUACAGUCCACCGUUCGCAAAUGAGCCUGACGACUACAAAAACCUUCGAAAAAGACAGGAAUUGAAGCGCGAAGAGUUGCUGGCAAGCCCUAAAAGAUUUCAACGCAUUAGCGAGCGUGAAGACCGCUCAGAUACUCCACCAGCAUACAACAAAUGUGAAUCUGCUGGAAGGCACCUUGCAAGAUAUCGUGGCUUUGAUAUUUGUAAAUGCCCUGUGGAUUUUGUGCUCUACCAACAACUGUUUGGUUUGGUCAAACCUAAAACGGUGAUUGAGUUGGGUACAUUGUCCGGAGGCAAUGCUAUUUGGAUAGCCGAUACUCUGAAGUUAUUUGAUAUUAGUGCUCAUGUAUACAGCAUGGAUCUUGACAUCAGUAAUCGCAGCGAGAUCGUGAACAAGUUAAAGCCGGAGAAUGUCACCUUUCUUCAAGGGGAUGCGUAUGAAAUCGAGAAAACAUUUACGGACGAGUUUUUGAAAAGCCUUCCACACCCCUGGGUCUUCAUCGAAGACGCCCACGUCAAUAUUCCUAUCGUGUUUCAAUAUCUCCAUCAAUAUUUCAAGGUCGGCGAUUACCUGAUUUGCGAAGAUACCAGCCCUGAUAUCCCGAAAGAAUUGGGAAUGUUUAUGGGCAACAACGAAGAUUUUGUGAAGAUGGGGAGAAAACAGUUGGGCUGUUUUAAAGAUUUUCUGAAAGAGUAUGAAGAUUUUUACGCAGUUGACAGUUUUAUAACUGAUCUGUUUGGUUAUAAUUGCAGUUGGCAUUGGCAUGGCUUUGUAAGAAGAAUGAACUAGGACAUGAUAAGAUACAUGCGAAUUUGAAAACCCUGGUCCUUGCAACACAGAGUUCAUUUUACUAGCCACUACAUAUUAAAAUGAACAAUGUUUUGCAAGUAAUUCAGUAAUCUUUUGGUGUAAUAGCGAUUUAAUAAUAAUAAUCUUAGAUUUAAUGAAAAUUAAAUCUGGAUACUUCAUUUCCCGGUUUUUCUUGAUUGAAAGAAGACUUUCAAUCCAUUCCUCCCAUCCAAAACUUUAUCUUGUACAUGCAUUUCUAAUUUUUAAUUCUAGUUAUA